AUAACAAUACCCCUUAUAUGUUUACUAAUUCACGCUUGGUUUCCUAGUCUUUCAAAACCCUAGUCUUCCAGGCUGCUCCGAUCAUCAAAUUCAUCGAAAGGGGGAAAAUGAGUAGCCGAGCGAGCAGGACUCUCUAUGUUGGAAAUCUGCCUGGCGAUAUUCGCGAGAGAGAAGUCGAAGAUUUAUUCUACAAGUAUGGACCAAUUGCACACAUUGAUCUGAAGAUCCCACCAAGACCCCCUGGCUAUGCCUUUGUUGAGUUUGAAGAGGCUCGAGAUGCUGAGGAUGCAAUUCGUGGUCGUGAUGGCUAUGAUUUUGAUGGGCAUCGUUUAAGGGUGGAACUUGCACAUGGUGGGCGUGGACAUUCAUCCUCAGAUCGUCAUAGUAGCUAUAGUGGUGGUCGUGGGCGUGGUGGAGUAUCCAGGCGCUCUGAAUAUCGUGUUGUAGUCACUGGGUUACCUUCUUCUGCUUCAUGGCAAGACCUUAAGGAUCACAUGCGGCGAGCAGGAGAUGUCUGUUUCUCCCAAGUGUUCCGUGAUGGUAGUGGCACUACAGGAAUUGUAGAUUACACUAACUAUGAAGACAUGAAAUAUGCAAUUAAGAAGCUUGAUGACUCUGAGUUUCGAAAUGCAUUUUCUCGGGCAUAUGUUCGUGUGAGGGAAUAUGAUUCCAAACGGGACUCGUCUAGGAGCCCUAGUCAUGGUCGAUCUCAUUCUAGAGGCCGCAGCGAUAGCCGCGGUCGAAGUUUAAGUCAGAGCAGAAGCCGAAGCAAGUCUCCUAAAAACAAAUCUACACGUCGAUCACCUGCAAGGUCUCGAUCUAGGUCUGUUUCUCGCUCUGGGUCAAGGGCACGCUCUCUAUCAAGAUCCCGUUCAAGAUCAAGAUCUCCAAUUCCAUCUAAACGCAUUAGCAAAAGCCCCAAAAAGCGCAGUGUUAGCAGGAGCCCCAGGGAUAGCAGAAGCAGAAGCAAGAGUUUAUCACGGUGAGGUGGUGAUAAUGGUUUAUCUAUGGACACGGAUUCAGGGAAGCUGAAAGUAUGUGGUUUGAACUUUUGAAUGAAUAAGUAAUUGGUGAACAAUGCACAAGGAAAAGAGUCGUGAACAAUAUGUUUUAAUUUUACCAAGUGCACUAUGUUCAGAUUCUUGUGCCUAGGCCUGAUUUGGAUUGUAUGUUUGAAUUGUUAUCGUUUACUUAUUGGAUUUUAUUAGCUAUAAUAUAAUUGAUUCUCGGUUAUUUGGA